UGUUUAUAUAUCAUCUUUAUGUCUGUGUAGGCUGAUACUUGUGUAGGAUGUCUUCAGUGAAUUUCACUGGGAAGAAUGUGGAGGAGUUUACCAUCACAGGCUUCGACCACCUCUCUCACCAGAAGCUCCUGGGCUUCCUCAUCUUCAUCACCUAUUUUCUUGUGCUUCUGGGAAGCGGCACCAACAUCUGCAUCAUUUUGACGGACAGACGGCUGCACACGCCCAUGUACCUCCUCAUCUGUAACCUGGCCGUGGUGGACAUCAUGUUCACCUCCAGCACCAGCACCACCAUGAUCUCUGUCCUGCUGGCCGAGGUCAAAACCAUCUCCUACUACUCCUGCAUAUCACGCAUGUAUAUCUACCACCUGGGUGACAUCACAGGGUGUCUGGCCCUGUCCGUGAUGGCUUUGGACCGAAACCAUCGCUAUCAGCAACCCUCUUAGGUACCACAGCAUCCUGACUAAUGCACGAAUAUUGGUGUUA